CCCAUUGGACAGAACACAAAGGCUGAAACCUGCUUGGAAGGCCGGCCCGGCGGGGCGCUGGGGGUGGGCGUUCCCCACGGCACCCGCGCGACGCCCAGGCCCAGAGGCACCGGUGUGACCGAAGUCCAGCUUCGGGGACACGCCCGGCCCACCGCAGUGCAGGUACAGGUAGCAAUUCCUGCCAACCAAAUACGUAAUGGUGGAUGCUCUUAACUUUGUUUACCAACAUCUGAAACUACAAGGACUUGUAAGUGUACAGUGGGAUAUUAUCUCCAAAAGAACUACAUGUCACGUCAAGCCUCUUGUUCCGGACUGAAUGGGGACAAAUGCCCUGUAUUGGAAAGACUCGCUUGAAUGGCUCAGAGAAGGUCGUCCUCGUAAACAUGGAAAUAGCAUGGCCAAAUGGCAUCUCCACCGACUAUGAGGAAAAUAAAUUGUACUGGUGUGAUGCUUGCACAGACAAGAUAGAGAGAAUCGACCUUGAGACUGGAGGGAAUCGUGAGAUGAUGCUGUCAGGGAGCAAUGUGGAUAUGUUUUCCGUUGCAGUCUUUGGGUCUUACAUCUACUGGUCUGACAGAGCACAUGCAGAAAGGUCUGUCAGAAGGGGUCACAAGAAUGAUGCCACAGAAACGGUAACCGUGAGAACUGGCCUUGGAGUCAACCUGAAGGCGGUUAAAAUCUUUAACCGAGGACCAAUGUUUGUGCCAGGGACAAUGGUGGCUGUAAGCAACUCUGUCUUUAUCAAGGAAAUUGCUGGAGAACUUGUGCUUGUGACCAUGGAUAUUUGGCAGAGGAUGGAGUUACUUGCCUAAUGCAUGAAGGCUAUUUGCUCUAUUCAGGAAGAACAAUAUUAAAAAGUAUACAUCUUUCUGAAGAAACCAAUUUAAAUUCCCCAAUAAGGCCGUAUGAGAAUCCACAUUAUUUCAAGACUGUCAUAGCCUUGGCUUUUGACUAUAAUCAAAGAAGAAUACGUACCAACUGAAUCUUUUACAGUGAUACACACUUUGGAAAUAUACAGUUUAUUAAAGAUAACUGGGAAGACAGACAAGUAAUCUUUGAAAGUAAGUACAGCAAUUUAAUUUUAAAUAGUUUGGUGGAAACGAGUAUCAUUUAGAUUACCAGGGAAAUAAUGGUGGUAAUUUCAUGUAACAAUUACAUUUUCCUAGAGUUUAUAUUCAGGAAUGAAUGUGACUCUAUCAUUUGGCCACCCUAAAAUGUCAAAGAAGCAAUUAACUGGUAGCAUGUAUGGCAUGUAAGCUACGAUUAUUAGCUUCUAAUCAUGGAAUUUUUAAUAUGUUUUGUCAUGUUUCUUAUAAGUAACUGCACUAAAAUUAAUGAAAAAUACUUUUUCAGCAUAAAACUAUUCUGAUUGAUUUUUUUUCUAGUGGGGGAAAUUGUAUUUUUAAGAAUAUCUGUCUAGUAAUAUUCAGUUAAUCAUAGUUUCUCAAGCAAAUAUCAGAGAUCAGUUUGUGUGCAUAUAUAUAAUAUAAAUACAUAGCAGCUUGAGAAAAUAUUAUAGAAAUGAUCUAAUAUUUUUAAUAUUUUUAUGGACAUAAUUAUUCAAGCAUAAUAUUCGGUGUGGAUUAAUUACAUAAUUUAGGAAAACUCUUUUCCUGUCAUUCAACUUUAACAAAAACCAUCUUCUUAUCCUCACAUAACUUCUCUCUUCUCAGUGUCUUUGUGUUAUUUUUGCAUAUUUCCCACUUUUCCAACUUUACUAUGCUGAGAUAGAUUUUUUCUUUGCUUUCUAAAUUGCAAAAUAAUAUAUAAAUUUGUUGUAGAGUAUUCAAAGAGUAUGGAUUAAAUAUGAAAUUCCUGCCUCAUCUCUGCCACCAUCAAUCCCAUUUACUUACCCAUAACUGACAUGUGGCAUACCCCCAGAAUUUUGAUAAGUAUGCAUGUGUAUCAUUUUUAAUUAUAAAAGUGGAAUGAUACUAAAUAUAUUACUCAGCUAACUGCCUUUUUUCUUACUAUAUCUUACAAAGCUUUUAUUUUAUUACAUGAGGUUUCAUCUUAUUGUUUUGAAAGCCUGUACCUAGUUCAAUUCUAAAAUAUAAGGUAGUUUAUUAAAUAAUUUUAAUAAAAAAUAUAGAUUUAGAUAACUAAACUAUAGCUAUUCAAGCCUGCGUGUGUGGUGGACAUUUUUGAAAGAAUGAAUACAAUGAGUGUGUCACUUCAAUGUAAAUGACCAACUGUAUGUGUUGCAAAUAGUAGAAACCAAACUCUGAAGUAAAAGUUAGAAAAAUAGAAGCCUUGUAUCCACCACAGUAAUCUUGAAAGCUUCUCAUUAUUUACAGGCUUUUUUGGUCAGAUGUCGGUAAUAUUAAUGCAUGUGAUUUUGGAGUAUUACAUAAUGAAAUGUGUGAACAUUUAGAAGAUAUGCUUGUUAGAGAACCAGUAUUUUUCAAAUGACAUGAUAAAAUCACGCAUGAGUAAAUGAUUUAUAUAAAGUACAAGAGAGGUCAAUGAAUUUUAAUGUAAUAGAGGAUAAAAGCUUCAUCACUAGGUUUUCAGAUUCCACACUGCAACUAACCUUUAACUAACAACCACUUGUCACUUGUUGGUGUAGUAUAAAAGAAUACCCAGUUAUCUGUAAAGGCUAUUAUUAAUGUUAAGCACUCCUCUCUUUUCCAUCUACAUAACUGUGUAAGGCUGGAAUUUCUUCAUAUACUUCAACAAAAACAACACAACAGAGAGGAUAAAGAAGCAGAUAUGAAAAUCCAGCUGUCUUUUAGUAAGACAAAUAUUAAUAUAUUUGUAACAUUGUAAAACAAGGCUUUCUUUAUAUUAUUUUUGAAAAGUAAUUACUUUUCUUAGAAGGUUCUGUUUAGC